AUGCAAUUCCAAGAGACACUCGGCCACUCGCAGCAGGGACACCUGCACGUGCAGCACGGGCACCAGCAGCGCCGGCUGUCCAGGGAGGAGAUCAUUAACAAGAUGGAGAACGAGCAAGAUGCGAUCGUCGUGAAGCUUUUGCGGGAGAUUGAGCAGUUGAAGCAGGAGAACAACAAGCUGCGCACGACGGUGAACAUCCUACACAAGAGACAGGCGCGGUGCGAGGCAGGCGAUAGCAACGAGAGCGCCAUCGUGCUCGAGGACGAGUGUGUGGGGGCGGGCACAGCGUACGGCGUGCCCACUCCAAGAAACUCGUACGUCUUGUCCAGUUAUGCGCCGACUCCGUCGCACUCGCGGCAGUCGUCCUUCACGCAGGGGUCUGUCGGGAGCGGAUCGAAUGUGUUCCCACUGGAAGUGCGUGCAGAAUUGCCCGUCAAUGUCCAGGGAUCGUCGUCAGGGAAAAGGCGCGGAUCAAGCAACUACCGCUGA